AUGACUAGUGAAACGUCCUCUUCUUCGGAAUGGAAAACGACUAUUACAAAUGAGUGGAGAGCUCGUCGUUUAGCUGAAACGAAAGAUGUGUCACUUUUAUUUCCAUUAGCGAUGAAUCCGUUUGGUGAAGACGAAAUUUUAGCCAUGACGGACGUUUUAUUGACAGGUCGAUUAACAUUAGGCAAACAAAUUGAACAUGCUGAAAAGAAAUUUGCAGAAAUUGUUGGUGUACCUUACGCUGUGAUGGUCAAUUCAGGAAGUUCGGCAAAUUUAUUGGCUGUGUCAGCAAUAGCGAACAAAUUACGAACAAGACAUUGUCAAGCAGGUGAUCAUGUUCUCGUACCAGCUGUUUCUUGGUCGACAAGUGUGUUUCCAUUGAUUCAACACGGUCUUCGUCCAAUUUUCGUCGAUGUUGAUCCACGUACGUUUAAUAUUUCAAUUCACGAACUCGAACGCAAAUUAACCAAUCAUGUGAAAGCAAUCAUGGCUGUUCAUGUGCUCGGAAACUCAGUUAACAUGAAGUUAUUGAUGGAAUUUGUUCGACGACAUGGACUUCUUCUAAUUGAAGACACAUGUGAAUCGUUGGGAAGUUAUUGUUUAAUCGAUGGAAAUAGUCAACGCAAAAUGUUAGGGACAUUUGGAGAUUUCGGAACAUUUUCAUUCUAUUUUUCACAUCAUAUUACUAGCGGUGAAGGUGGAAUGAUAACAUGUCAUACAGAAGAUGAUUACAAUUUCCUCCGUUGUUUGCGCGCUCAUGGUUGGACAAGACAUUUGACAAAUCGUCAGCAGAUUGAAGAUCUAUAUCCUGAUAUUGAUUGUCGAUUUUUGUUUAUUAAUAUGGGUUACAAUCUUCGACCGUUAGAAGUUCAAGGCGCCAUGCUGAGUGUUCAAUUAGAUAAACUCGAUGAAUUCAAUCGACACCGUCGUGAGAACUUUCGCCUGAUUAGAGAAAGUCUUUCACGUGAUGAAAGAUUUUCAUCAUUGAUGUCGUUGAUGGAAGCUUCGGAAGGGAUCGAUCCAGCUUGGUUCGGUUUAGCCUUUCUUCUGCAUCGUCCGUAUACGCAUCAACGAUGUGAGUUUUUGAAGUAUCUCGAAAAGAACGGCAUCGAAAAUCGUCCGAUUAUCAGUGGAAAUUUUAUUCGUCAGCCAUGUAUUUCCACAUUCUGUGACGAAGAACAUCCGGAAAACUAUCCAGGCGCGGAAGUGAUUCAUUCGCGUGGGUUUUUCAUCGGUGUUCAUCAAAUUCCUCUUGAUCAAGCUGUGAUCAAUCAACUCGUGAAUAUCAUGUUAGCAUUUCCAUUCUCUCCUUAUCAUUUCACGUUAGUUACGGGCAGUAACGGCAUGUUGGGUCGAUACAUUCGUGAUGUUGUCUUAGAGCAAACAUCUUCACCGGAAAUCGCCGACACCAAACCGCGAAAAAUUCGAACAAAGGAUUCUGAAUGGAUCUUUAUUACUCGCGAAGAUGGUGAUCUACGAAGAGUCGAAGAUGUGCAAAAUAUUUUUAAACGAUAUCAACCAACGCGUGUUAUUCAUUGUGCUGCACGUCUUGCAUCGAUCCAAGAAAUGUCUGCUAAACCUGUCGAAUACUGGUUUGAUAACGUUACAGUGAACAAUAAUAUUCUGAAAACAGCCUACGAAUUUCAAACAUGGAUCGGCCAGAUAAAGUUAGUUUCCAUUUUGUCGACAGUCAUGUUUCCGAAAGAUGCACAAUUACCAAUUGAUACAUCUUCGAUUUACAACGGUUCUCCUCAUCCAGCGUCUGAAUCGUAUGCCUAUGCAAAACGAUCCUUAGCAAAAUUAACUCAAUGGUAUAGAACUGAAUAUCAUUGCAAUUUCGUUUCAAUCUUACCAGGCAAUUUCUUUGGUGCUUACGGCGAUUUCAAUCCGCAUACAGCACCGCUUGUCAAUGCAUUAAUCGCAAAGAUUGAAAAUCAAAAUCCAUCGAUUCCUCUACAAAUGAUCGGAACGGGUCAACCGCUUCGACAAAUUAUGUUCGCAGAAGAUCUCGCUCGAAUUGUCCUAUGGUCCUUAGAAAGCUACAGUGAAGAUCAACCAUUGAUCGUCGCCGGAGAGGAAAUCUCCAUCGCUCAACUCGUUCAACUGAUUGCUCAACAAAUGAACUACCGAGGUGUAAUUCAGUUCGAUAAUGAUACAAACAAAGAUGGUCCGUUACGGCGUACAGCUAAUAUGUCUGUAUUCUCAAAACUUUAUCCAUCAUUUCGAAUGACAUCACUCUCUCUCGGAAUUCAAAAAACAAUCGAAUGGUUCCGAAAUCAGUCAAGAUAUGUUUGA